GCCCCGGAAGUGCUGACGGCUCCAGCUGCUGCCACUUGUUCUCUUUGCAAGAUGUCGGAACCAGGGAAACCGGAGAUCAGCUCAAUCUUCAAGCGGCUGCGGUCCGUCGCCAGCAACAAGGCCUGUUUUGACUGUUCAGCCAAGAACCCGAGCUGGGCCAGUAUAACCUAUGGCGUCUUUCUCUGUAUUGACUGUUCAGGGACACAUCGAUCGCUUGGUGUUCACUUAAGUUUUAUCAGAUCUACAGAACUGGAUUCUAAUUGGUCCUGGUUUCAGCUGAGAUGUAUGCAACUUGGUGGAAAUGCAAAUGCUAAUGCUUUCUUCCGUCAACAUGGCUGCAACACCAGUGACACUAAUGCAAAAUACAACAGCCGUGCUGCCCAGCUUUAUAGAGAGAAGCUCAGAUCACUGGCAGUUGCUGCAACUAGAAAAUAUGGGACUGAGCUGUGGAUCGAUGAUGCAGGAAAUCCGCCUUUAUCGCCUCAGAGUAAAGAUGAAGACUUCUUUGCCUCACAUACUACUUCAGCCAAUGUGAAGUCAGCAGAUCAAACCUUUGAUUCUGCCAUUCCAGAGCUGUCCUCAUCUGAAAAAAUGCAGCAAGAAGAAAAUGAUGGUGAGCCUGAACAUGGGCCAAAUGUCGAUUGCCUCAGUGUCUCUCCUAAGGAAGCAUUAGCUGACUCAAUGAGUUUAGUUUCUGCAGGAGUCACACCUAACAAAGAUGUCAAGUCCUCUAUCAUAACAAAAAAGAAGCCGGCUGCAGCAAAGAAAAUGUUAGGUGCUAAGAAGGCUGGUUUAGGGGCACAGAAAGUGACUAGCCGCAGCUUCAAUGAAAUUGAUAAACAGGCUCAAGCUGCUGAUCGGAUGAAAGAACAAGAAGAUUUGAGCAACAGGAAGAAGUUUGAGAAGGACGAAUCAAUAGUUUCAUCUCUUCGGCUUGCAUACCAAGACCUGGAAAUACAAAGAAAAAAGGAAGAUGAGAAAUUGAGAAAAAUGGAAGGCAAAAAGAAGGAGCAAGCAGAGCGACUGGGCAUGGGCUUCAGCAGCAGAGCUGGAGUUUCCCAUUCUGUAUUAUCAGAUAUGCAAACUAUAGAACAAGAGACACCCACUAUUGCAAAAUCUUCCAGGAAAAAAUAUGAUGAAGAUGAAGAAUCUACAUUUACUACUUCCCAUUCCAGGUAUUUUGAUGACCCACUGGAUAUGGGAGGUACUUUUUCAAAAUGGAAUGAUAAUAGUGAUUCCUUUUGGAAAACGGAAAGCAGCAGUAGAGAGAAGGACAUAUUUACUUCAAAGAUAUCAUUAAAUGAUGGGCCUGCACGUCGUAAACCAGAAUUAGAUUAUGUAGUGGUCUCUGAGGAUGCACAGAGAAAAUUUGGCAAUGUCAAAGCCAUUUCUUCAGAUAUGUAUUUCGGAAAACAGGAUUCUGCAGAGUAUGAAGCCAAAACUCGACUGGAGCGAUUUGCAGGAAGUUCAUCUAUCAGCUCCACUGAUCUAUUUGAGAGUGAAAAGAAACAAGCAUCAGCAAACGUGUCUCUGACCAACGUGUUGCCAUCAGCUCCUGACAUGGCACAGUUUAAGCAAGGUGUUAGAUCUGUGGCUGGGAAGCUAUCUGUUUUGGCCAAUGGGGUGAUGACUUCCAUUCAGGAUCGAUAUGGCUCCUAACUGGAUACAAACAUUAUAACGAAAUGAAUGUGAAACCUUUCAGAAGUGAUUUACAUUUGGGUGCCUGACUCACCAUUGAUUACCAAAAUAUUUUGAAGGAUUGUUCAGUUAAGAUGAAAAUCUUUUGCCACAGUGUGGUGCUUGAAUUGCAUCCGCUGACAUUUAUCUGCGUUCCUACUUGAGUUUUCCCAGUGUCAAUCUGUCUCAGGUAAUACUGUGCUUUAAAUAACGAGGGAAAAAACUCAGCUAUGAGAAGGAAAUUAUUUUUCAGUCAUUUAGAGUGCGAUUUUUAUUCUCGUUUAAACCAGGCAGAAAGGUAUUAAAUAUCUAGAACUUUAGUUAGUUUGGGAAAAGGGUGCAAUAUUCAAUUUUUUAAAAAUGCUAUACAGAUAUACAUUACAAUAUGGAUAAAUCCGCAGCUUUAAAGAAGUGCUCUUAUAAAUUGGGUUUUGUUUUCUGUUUAAUGAAACAGUGUUUGUAUAAUUAAAACACUACACUGAACUCUUAAUGGUGAGUGUGCAGUUUAUUAUAUGGAUUGUUUGUUUACUGGAACAGAUCACCGUUUUGGGUCUUAAACAAUUGUAAGAUAGAACUGUUUGUUGGUACUUUGAACAGAUGAUUAUAUGCCAAAACACUUAACAUUUAGAAGUAUAUAGUCUGUAGGAAAUUGAAAUAUGGAUAUUAAACAAUAUGAAGUUUGCAAGGUACCAUAUUGGGAAUUACAGGCGGUUGGAAGGUGAUCAUCAAUCAUCUCUGUUUAUAGCAGAAACCUGUAAGGUGUGCUUUUUGGAAACCAAUUAUUUCUACUCAUGGGACCAAGUAAAUAAAUGUAAAUGGUAAUAUUCAGUAGCUGUAUAUUGUAAUGAAUCUUAAUUUUUGAAUCAUUAUGUUUAAAUUGCGCACUUUCUGGCGGCAAAAAGCUGGACUGGGAUAUGUAAACAUGUAUUUCUAAUAAAAAAAAGACACAUUUGCUUCACAGAAGUGGGUCAAUGCUGAAAUUGAGCUAAGUAGGAAACGUAAGCAAUAAAUGAAUGAUUAUGGUAAGAUUUCAACAAAUGACUCUUGUAUAUGUAUAUGACUCUUGGACUGAAAUACUAAAGUCCAUUGUUUGGGGAGGUAGCAUCCAUCAUCUAAGAUUAGAGCCCAGAUCUUUGAACAGUAUGACAGAUACUUUACAAAAUGCUGACUUUAUAAAACACGAUAUUGCUUGUCGAAAAAUGGGAGAAAACGUUUUCCAUUGUUAAAAUAAAAUUGUUAAAAAUAUUAACUUUAUUUAGAAAGCUGUAAUGGGGGCUGGGGGAGGAAUCAAAACAUUUCAAAGUAGACAUUUUGCCAAUAAAAUGUUAUUAUCUGCAGAUUAACAGUUGCAUCAUAGCAUUGAGGUGAGAAUCGUGCUGAUUCUGGACUAUCAACUGAAGAAUAAAGUAUUUUGUUCGUCCUUA